AUGAAACUAGUUAAACAAGUGUGUAAAUCGCUUAGUGCUUGUAUAGGUUACAAAAACAUACCAGUAUGGUUCCCCGAUAGUUUUGCUUGGAAUAGUACGACUUUUAUAUCAGUAUACUUCUGUUCAGAGUAUCUUGCCUUUUUCUUAAUAACAGCUUCCAACACAUUGUCGACAAACACCGAAGACGAGGGAAACCAUGGCAACGAUGAUACACGUUGUUUUAUUCUAUCCACAUUAGCGUCUCAGGGUCGUUCCAAAGUUCAAUGCGUCUUAUGCGAAGAACAAUUGCUGGUUUUCGACAGAUAUCCCCUCGUAGAUGGGACAUUCUUCUUAAGUCCACGACAACACGCUAAAAGUUGCAUUGAGGUGAAAGUAGAAGGCCGUACCCAAUUUCUGACCGUUGUCUGCAUGGGAUGUUUAGAGGGCGUGAGUGGACGCGCCAUUGUAUGUAGAUUCUGUAAUCAGAAGUGGGACGGAUCAUCCCUGGUCCUCGGAACCAUGUAUUCUUAUGAUAUCUUCGCUGCCAUGCCUUGUUGUACCGAGAGGAUAAAGUGUAAUUCUUGCUACAAACCAGUUUUGCAUCCUACACAACGACUGAACUUCUUCAGUGACUACAGUCAUAUGGUGCCAUGUCCACAUUGCCGCACACUGGAUACACAUUUCGUAAAACCCCUAGGUUUCUGUUACGCUCGCCACUUUUCACGGGCUCUACAGAUGAUGUGGCCAUAG